AUGAUGCCUGAAAACCUAGGUAGGCCAGUAAGAGAUUUGCCGGUUGUGUGUAGCGACAGAUUCAGAACCGACAAGCCUUUUUUGCUCCAGGCCCGAGAAAACAAUGCCGCAGAGGUUGCGCCGCGCGAAGACGACAACGGUAGACCUCUUCCGACAGCUGACUUGAUGGGUUAUCAUUCGCUUGGCAUAGUCUUUGGACCAUUAUUGGUCGGUGACUCUCUGGAUCGAUACACCAUGAAAGUCGUCACCCCCAGCUCUGGGAUGUUGCUAUUUCCGCUCAGCCCACCAAAGUUCCGCAGGGAUCGACGCAAGUCACAACAAGCAGAUACGAAAGCGAGCGGGCCACCCACGGUAGACAAGAUUUUGGUGGCAAACAAUAUCACGCAAAUGCUCAUUGCCAAUUGGCGUGACGUCGUUCGUCAAAUGAGGUCGCUUGGCACCCAUUACCGAAAAGACUCUUCCCUUCUGGAUUUUCCUGCAAAAAACGAUGAUCUCCAGGAUUCGGAAGGGCUUGGGGAAAGGCCCGAGGAAAUUAUGGACGCUGUUCCUGGGUUAAGACAUGCUUCAAGGCCUCAGGAGCCCUCGACCGGGAGACAGGGCGCUCAAACAAGAAAGUCAACAACAUUGAGGAAAACAGCAUCGAGGAAGGUGUUGCCCAAAUUGAGCAUGGCCACUCUGAGCCCGACCAAGGAGGAAAGCAUGGGUGAUGAUGAGUCUAGCGAUAGUAGUAACAAACGGGAGAGUGCGAUUGAGAGAUUACAAAAGACUGAGGGGAGCGACACCAGGAAGAAAGAAGUUAUCGGUCAUGUGGACUGCAAAAGCCGCCCCGAGAGCAGGAAGCUGUCGAAUGAGCAAAGUGCGCGAGGAAAGGUCAUCAACACUUCUGGGCAUAGCCACGCUCCCGAAAGCCUAAAAUCUGCGACAUCUCCGCCUGUAUACGUGGAAAACGUUCCGCCCAGAGAAUCAUCGAGAUGUCAGACUUCACAGGACGAAACCAAAAAGGCAUCCCUGCAAAACGACAACGUCGAGGGGAAUAUACUUCCCUUUGCGUCGGCAACGACCGACCUGCUCAACUCGUGCAACCAGGACCGAGGACAAGUCGAAUCGCAAAAUGGCUCCGAAGGUCCUCAAAAUUCGGCAUUUCCGCAGACUCCUAAACAAAGAUGGCAUCCACCAUCUUGGUCUGCGAACGGAACGUCAACCAACCCGGGAGGCAUCAGAGUUGUUCAGAAAAGUCCUACCGUGACCAGUGCCGCCUGCGCAACUCAGGAUCAGGCAGUUCAAUGUAACCUAUCGCCUAAAAAGGCUCGAAGCCGCUCGAUAGAUACGACGCCAGAACGAUUCUACGCAAUGAAAAGAGAGCCGUCUCGCAUACUUGAUUCUAGCGCAGACGACGUGUUUUCCGGUCAACAAAAACAUGGGUGCAGACAGAAGAAGCCUUUCCUACUUCAUGGACCGAGGCUAUCGAAAUCCUACGAGAAUUUCAGCAGUCAAACUAGAAUUACCUUGGAGUCGCCAACAAACUCUACCAAGUCAAAAGACUUGGGCAAGAAUGGAUCAGUAAGAGCAAUGGCGGCCAUGUUUGACGUCCAGCCAUCCGGUCUUGGCUCGUCUGCCAUGACAGGAGACGAGCAGGCGACAAUGGCGAAUAGCGUGAGAGAUGGGGACAGAAAUUCCAAGUCGGACUCGGCUUUGACUCGGCGAACGGCCUUUUUGCUUGAUACCACUCAACGCCCAGUCUCAACCACGGGCACGACAAGGAAUGGCAACGACAGGUUUGACGAGGUGAUGGGGGAUGUGAUGGAAAAGCAGAGCGUGGCAGACAGCAUCAAUCACAGCGCAUCAUUGGACAGCGAGACGGAUGGAAUUUGCCAGCCCAGCACGCCAGGCGACAAGGCAACGGCAAAGGCCGACCUUGAUGAAGCAGAUAGCCGACGGAUCAGAAUGAUGCCGAGUUUAGGGAGGAUGGGGCCAUAUCCCGAACAACCACCGAUCGCGCACCACUUGAGCUUAACCCGGCCACCAUCGUCACCGUCGCCGAUGAUGGAAUCGGAGGCCGAUUCCAUCUUGGACGCGAUACCCCUGCCGCAAGUCGCCCGUAGCGGAAGCGCAACCGUUCUCUAUUCACAAAUCCGCAAGCUUCAACGCCAACUGAAUAGCAAGACGGAGGAGGCUGCCCAGCUGCGCCGCCAGCUGGCAGCGCAGCAAGACUCAGAUGUUGGCACCGUGAGUGAGCAACUACGCCAGGCCAAAAGGGACGCGGCCAUGUGGAAGGAGAGGGCCGAAGCUGCGGAGAGGAGGGUCAAGGUAUUUGAAAAGUUUACAGAGAAGUUGAAAAAGAUUCGGGACGAACUCGCGGAUGCAAAGAAAUACGAAAAGGGCGAUGGAGACGGCAAGGAUGGUGACGGCAGAGCACGCGUUGCUGACGCCACGAUCAAGGCUGUCGACAGGUUGAGAUUGCUGCAGGGACAAAGUGCCAAGAAGGAGCCUGGAAAUCCCGACGACUGUUCAGAUGGCACCGCGCAAACCCGGAAACGCCCGCACGAUGUGGUCAAGAGUCAGGAUGGAGCGGUGGACCGUUCGCGACCGGCUUCUGACAGCCCUGCGGGGGAGGAAGGCGGUAAGCUGGGGUCUCGCGGGGGUAUGGAAGUGCGUAUGAGGAGAAGGUCUGAUCAGAUCUGGGCUGCGGCCGAAGAGCUCUUGCAGAUGGAGGAGGAUGGAGUAGAAUAG